AUGGUGCUCCGUUUAUCUCGUUAUUCCAAAAUGGCGCCCCUGCUUAUUUCCCGUAGGUUUCAAAGCUCCUUCCUGCCGGCUCCUCCUUUCACCAUCAAGGACUUGAACGAGUCCACCCUCGAAGCCAAGUAUGCCGUGCGUGGUAAGAUCCCCAUCCGUGCCGACGAAUUGAGAUCUGAAAUCGACAACAAUCCAUCUCACGGUUUGCCCUAUGACCGUAUCAUCAGCGCCAACAUUGGAAACCCACAGCAGUUGGACCAGAAGCCUUUGUCGUGGUACAGACAAGUUUUGUCAUUGGUCCAGUACCCUCCACUCAUCAGCAAAAUUGAGAAGUUGGACCCAUCUGUCCGUGAGCAUUUGUACCCAAGUGAUACCGUUGAGCGUGCCCGCAAGCUUCUCAAAUCCACCGGUUCUGUUGGUGCUUACUCCCACUCCCAAGGUGACAUUGGCAUCCGUAAGUCUGUGGCCGACUUCAUCCACAGAAGAGAUGGAUACCCAUCUGACCCCAGUAACAUUUUCUUGACUGGUGGUGCCUCUGCCGCUGUGUCCUACUUGAUCCAGGUCUUGUCUUCCAGCGAUAGGUCAGGCUUCUUGAUCCCAAUUCCUCAGUACCCAUUGUACACUGCCUCAAUUGCAUUGAACAACGCCGUACCAAUUGGUUACUUCCUCAACGAGGAGAAGCAGUGGUCCACUGACCCUGAAGCUAUUCGUGACUUGAUUGCUGAGAACAAGGAGAAGGGCAUUGCCAUCAAGGCCCUUGUCAUUAUCAACCCUGGUAACCCAACUGGUGCUAUCUUGAAGGAACAGGACAUUGUCGAGCUUGUCAAUAUUGCUGCCGAACAAGGUAUUGUGCUUAUCGCUGACGAGGUGUACCAGGAGAACGUCUUCCACGGUCAGUUCAUCUCAGUCAAGAGAGUCUUGGCUAAAUUGCUUGAGCAAGAUUACGAGCUUUACAAGAACGUGCAACUUGCUUCUUUGCAUUCUACUUCCAAGGGUGUAAGUGGUGAGUGCGGUCAGCGUGGUGGUUACAUGGAGUUGGUGGGUUUCACUCGCGAGGUCCGUGAUAUUAUCUUCAAGUUGGCUUCCAUUAAUCUUUGCUCCGUUGUCUCUGGCCAGGCCCUUGUGGAGCUCAUGAUUAACCCUCCAAAGGAGGGUGAUGCAUCUUACCAAUUGUACCACCAUGAGACGCUGACUAUCCACAAGGAUCUUGAAAAGAGAGCCCUGCUGUUGUACGAGGCAUUCACCAAGAUGGCUGACGUGAGCUGCCAGAAGCCUCAAGGUGCUAUGUAUCUUUUCCCUCGUUUGGAUUUCUCCAGGGAGGCAUACCCAGCCUUGUACAAGAAGGCCGACGAGAUGAACUUGACGAUUGAUGAACUUUACUGCACUGAUUUGUUGGAACACACCGGUAUUUGCUGUGUUCCUGGCAACGGUUUCGGCCAAGCUCCAGGUACUGCUCACUUGAGAACUACCUUCUUGCCCCCAGGAACCGAAUGGAUUAGUAGCUGGGCUGCAUUCCACGAGAAGUUCGUUGCGCACUACAAACAGUAA